CUAUCUUCCAAAAUACCCAAUAGGCUUUUGGUGAGCAUAAAGAAGAAAUAGGAAAUGUAGAAUUCUAAAUGAAAGAUGGCUAGAGAAGCGAAAGGGCCUGCAAAAUGGCUUUGAAUUCUCCACUUUCGGCAAAUAUACACAAUAACAGAAAGUUCUUACACUAAUAUAUACUAUUUCAUAUUUCAUUUUCAGUAAUAUUUUCACUUCGAAAAGAUGUAAAGGACUUGUAUACACAUUCCCGGUUGUCUCCACAUAAAACCAAAUACAAAACUCAAUUCAUACUCAGCCGAGAAAGACAGAGAGAGAAAGAAACAAAUAAAUAAUAAAGAAUGAAUACGAGAAAAUGAUCCAUCUACCUUAUUCCUAGGUCUUUUUCAAAAAAGAGGAAAAGGAAGGAGAAAUGGGGAGAGGAAAGGUCGUCUUGGAGAGAAUAGAAAACAAGAUCAACCGCCAAGUUACCUUCUCCAAAAGAAGAAAUGGUUUGCUCAAAAAAGCCUAUGAGCUCUCGGUUCUUUGUGAUGCUGAGGUCGCUCUCAUCAUCUUCUCUAGCCGCGGCAAGGUUUCUGAGUUUGGUAGCACCGAGGUAACCAAAACUCUUAAGCGGUAUCGACAACAUUGUUACUCCUCACAAGAUGCCAACAAUUUUGAGAAUAGAUCAGAGCAGAACUUAUACCAAGAGGUCACAAGGUUGAAGACCAAAUACGAAUCUCUUUUAUGCUCUCAGAGGAAUAUGCUUGGAGAAGAACUAGAACUGCUUAGUAUGAAAGAGUUGCAGAAAAUUGAGAAACAGUUAGACAGGACUCUCUCACAAGCACGAAAAAGAAAGACACAGUUGCUGUCGGAGAGAUUGGAAGAACUACGGAAAAAGGAGCACGAUCUUGGGGAGGAAAAUAAACAGCUCAAGAUUAAGCUGAAAGAAGGACAAGAAGCUCAUGCAGGUGUAGGAGGCCCUAGCAAUAAGGCAGCUGCAGCCAACACACAGACUAGGGCACAACCUUCAGUACCCAACUUAGAGAUAGGGUAUCAUCAAUUUAUUCCCCAAGCAGAAGCCCUUCAGCCAUAUUAUUGGCCAUGGGAAUGACUCUCUCCUGGAUGGUAUUGUUGAAGUUCAAAUUAAUCUUGAAGAAAGAAUUCUGAUCGUCUUAUGUUUAAGAUAUGUUUGGUUACUAUUGAUGGAUUUUUACGAACUCAGCUAAUGUUUUUUUUUUUUUUUAAAUAAUAUGUGAC